AUGGAUGAUACCAGGGAUGUAUCCGAGGAUGGUCAAACAGAUAUUGAUCAAGAGAUCAGCACCGCAGCCUCUCUCGAGGAAGACACCGAUUGGCGGGAGGAUGAUAGCAAGGAUGAUCUUGCAGAUGUCGCUGUUGAGGCAGAAGAGGUCAGUCGUCGUCUCAAGCUUGAAAAAGCAAAACAGAGGGGAGAACAGCGACUUACGAAGCGGGAGCAAGAGACGCAGAACUUGAUGUUGAUAGCGGCUGCACUGGAUGCCAGAGAGCAGACGGAUGGAUGGCAGUAA